CAAAUUUGUUAACCUCCCUAAAGAAAACAAAACAAAAGAUUAUAGUUUAAAGAGAUGGAUAAUAUUGUUAAGGAAUUAGGCAUAAGCAAUAAGAACAUAUUCACUACCGCCUCAGCAAAUUUGUGCAGCGUUGUCGUGCACAGCAGUUGGCUUAAGAAAUGGCUGAAGAACUUAGAAGUAGAUAACACAGUGAACGAUGUAGAUUUCGCAUUACAAGUUGGUGAAAGUGUUCCUUAUCCCUGGCGGACGAUAUUCAUUAGGGUAUUAAAUAAAAAGGUGUCCAAGGUACUGCCCCUUCCUCGCUACAAACUACACGAAACCAACCCCGAAACUCCCCUAACUUUCUCGCAGCUACUCCAAUAUGUCUCACAGAACAACCACAGAAAUUUAUGGAAGGAGUCAUAUAAGAAAUAUUGUCAGAACAACGAGAAUUUAAAAGAGAGUGCUAUAGUGAACUUACUGGAGCAUGACCAACUACUGUCGGAGGUGCUGCUGCGGCUGUACGGCUGUAACAUAAUUAGGAUAAAGAGUGACGGCUCGGGCAGGAUCACAGAGUACAAAGAAAUCAUUCCUAACAAACACGUUUCCAAAUCUUAUGAAACCCAUGUCAAUUUAUUAGCAGCUAUGUUCAUAUUAGAGACUGACAAUAACUACUAUAUAAUAUACAGAGGCCACUAUGAAAACCACUUGCUAGACUGUUUGAAUUUUAGCCCAAAUCUUAUUGAUAUGAAUUAUGGACGGGGGAUGUUCUUAGUCUAUCAGCUCCUGAAUGUUUUUAAAGCUAUGAGCGACCGUGGUCUGAGUCUGGGUACGCUGUCAUUGCAAGAUAUUUAUUUGACAGAGAAUAUGUGGCUACAGAUACUGCCGGCUGUUACGAAUAACAUUCACACUCUAGAUGCUUCAUUAAUCUAUGAGCAGAAUAGGAAGCAAGUUACCCCGGCUACAAGUCAGGGGAAGUGGGGGGAGGAGUGGGGGAGGAAUGAGGUGGUGCAGUUUGAGAAGCUGUGCAUGUUGUGGGUGCGGGGCCGGAUAUCGAACCUGGACUACCUGCUGCACUUGAACACCCUGGCGGGGAGAUCGGCCAAUGACCCGCAGGCACACUUCAUGGUGCCCUGGGUUACGGACUUCUCAUCUAGAUGUGGCAAGAAUUGGCGCGACCUCAGCAAGUCAAAGUACCGACUGAACAAAGGUGAUCGGCAGCUAGACCUGACGUAUGACGUCACCUGCGCCGAGCAGACACCGCACCAUGUUACAGAUGCCCUUUCUGACAUCACUUGUUAUGUCUACCUGGCCAGAAGAACCCCGAAAGAGAUUCUCUGCAAGCAUGUCCGCAACAAAUGGGUUCCAGCAGAGUAUCCAGCAUCCAUCCAGCGUAUGCAGGAGUGGACGCCAGAUGAAUGCAUUCCGGAGUUCUAUACUGACCCUGCUGUUUUUCGAAGCAUGCAUGAAGAUUUGCCGGACCUCGGCAUACCCUCGUGGGCCACUUGUGCUGAGGACUUUAUCACCAAGCACAGAGAAGCCCUGGAGAGCGCACACGUCUCCGAGAACCUUCAUCACUGGAUCGACAUCACCUUUGGAUACAAGAUGUCCGGACCGGCGUCGGUAAAGGCGAAGAAUGUGUGGUUGUCGCUGGUGGACGGGCACACGGCGUUGCGGCGCGGCGCGGGGGUGCAGCUGCUGGCGGCGCCGCACCCGCCGCGCGCCGCGCGCCCCACGCGACCCUCCCCUCCCGCGCUGCAUUGGACCAGUCGAAAAUCCAUAAAGCCUGACAGCUCAGACGAAGGGUCUGAUGAUGAAGAAGAGUCCCAGCACCUGCCCCAGCACGUGUCUCGGCUGAGCGUGCCCGCGCGCGUCCGGAGACACAAGAGCUCGAGCCGGGCGCGCUCACACAGCAAGGGCGAGGAACAUUCCAGUAGCAUCGAUAGGUCCGCACAUUCCAAGCACUAUAGGGUCCAAAGAUCAGAGCUAGGCAAAGGCGUCAUCUACCUCCCCAAAGAAUUCAACCCGGUCGCGUCCAUACAAGCGUUAGAGGCCCUCGACAACUUCAGAACCAACUCCUUCUUCUCAAAAGCAGAAGAGAAAGAGCGUCAUAAAAAUGUCAACACUUUAAACUUAGUCCCUGUUGAUAGAAGUGAAACGGUUACUUCCAAAGAUGACGAUACAGCAUUCACGAACCACAUGUUCUUGUAUGAUCAGGGUUAUAUAAAGAAGUUUAACGAUGGUCACUUGGAUGUCUUGAAGGAAAGAAAGAACAGGAGUUUCAACACUCGCUACACCACCGAUGCGACGGUUUACAAGCAGUUUGUGACGGAAAGCAGAAGGCAGGACAUGCUGGUAUUGGGCUGUCUCAUAGUCGAGAUAUUUAUGCAUGUCUACAUGAGACCUCUGAGGACGAAUAGCGGGAAUUUUAUAGAGCGCUAUAAUAGCUGCAGAACGGUUCUAAAGCAUAAUUUUGGCGCGUUGCCAAAGUGCGUUAGCUAUGUUGCCUCGUUGCUUUUAAAUGUCACACCACCAAGCUUGAGCUUCAAGAACGAAAUGAGCGCGAAGAAAGACGAACCCUUAAAGAAGAUCAUAGUGACAGACAAAGGCUUACCCCCACCGACGCCAUCUCAACUCCUGCAACCACUUCUAUCACAACAUUUAAUCCCUUUCCCACCAUCCUUCAACACCCUCUAUAAGCUCCUAAGCACUCUUCACGAGUACGAACUGGCGGCCAAUGAUUUAAACAUCCUGUAUAUGUACGACUGUGACGGCAUACAGUGCGAGAAAUAUCAGAACGUCGACAAAACUAAGAUGUAUUUCAGUCAAAGAAUAGCCGAGGGGAAAGUCCAGGCGUGCGCAAUGCAUUUAGACGUGCUGCUCAACCAAGUGACUUGUAACAAUCAGUUUGAUGUCCUGGAUAUCUUCUUGACACACUACAUAGAGUUGCUUCAGAAUAAGGAUACCUCGGUGCUCGCGGCGUGGUAUCUAUUUGACACGAUGAGCAAAGCUCUAGGCCCGGCAGAGACGAGAAGAAAACUCCUCAAACAUAUACUGAAUCUUUACGAGGACGAUGAGUUUGUAGCUGACAAGCCAGAUCAACACAAACUGACCGACUCCGACCCAGUUUCCACUUCAGGACUUGCCAGUAGGCAGAAAUUUGUCAAGCUGUACCAUCAUAUAUUCCUGCUCCAGCUCAUGGUCAGACUAGGCCUGCAAUGUUUCCUGGACAACUUCACUCAGCAUUUAGUUGAAGCUGUAGGGGGCUACAAAGAUGUUACCACGGAAGUCGGCUCUCCAGGACAUUUAUGCCAUCACCGAUCCAUGGCGAAUAAAAAACCUAGGUAUUCCGACGAUAACCUUAAAAGCGCGCUUUCGAAUACGGACAUAUUCUCUCCGGACACUUCAUACGGUUCAGAACACGUUAUGACACCUAGCGUGGAUAAGAUGGAGAUGAAUGAUUCUAAAGAGAAAGACGCUGAUAACAGAAGCGAGAAUGAUUUGUUCCACUUUGAAACAGAUAAGGAAAGAUUACCAAGUCGCAGCAGCAGGAGUAAAUCUCCUGCAGAUUCCAUGGAUUCAUACACUCUGAAUGUUAACCAUGACGGUAACAUGCACACACCGUCACCCUCAGCAGAAGUAUUCGCUAAAGACUUCAGUCCGUCCACAAGUCGACCUCAAAAAGAACUUAAUGUCUUAAUAACUAAAGACGAAACUCCAACGCAAGAAACCCCAACCAGAGGUCCAAUGUCGCCGACGAUAGAUAUUCCUAAGAAGAUGUUCACAAGUUAUCUACACUUCGCUGAUGAUAAGGGAAAUGAUGCUCACAGGAUAAAGAGUUUAGAUUUGAAUAGACAAGACGCGUCACCGAAAAGCAUAGGGGAGGAUUCUCAGGAAGAUGAACAGAAUAUGUGUAAGAUUUCAGAUAUGAGUUCAGAGAGCUUGAUCUGGUUGGCUCAUAGAUUAGGUCCAGUGCUGACUUGUAGGUAUAUAACCCGGAACUUGUUGAAGAUGUUGACGCUCUGCUAUAUUGGGAAGGAUAACUUGGCGCCUUGGGAGGGCGACGGUCAGGACGAGUUCGAUGAGAUCUCGAUAGCGAACAGCAAGGUGGUGGGCGACAGGAACGCCGCGAAGGUGAUAAAAUGCCUCACUACCAUUGUUGCGAUGUAUGGCGAGCAGCUGAUUAUCUUCCAAUACCUGCCCCACAUGGGGGAGCUCAUAGCGUCAUGUCGGAGGAGACUGUCCGCGCCGCUAGAGGGCGGCGCUGUCGCCUGCUUACAACUUGUCAAGUACUUGGUGCCUUACAUGUGCGAUGCUAAGGUCAUGGAACAAUUACAAGACACGUUCCUGAAGAUGAUCCUGCAGCCGGCGCUGCGGCUGGCGGCGACGACGCGCGCGGCGUGGCCGGGCGGCGCGGGCGCGCGGCGCGCGGUGGCGCGCAAGCUGCUGGACGCGCUGCGCGCGCUCGCGCUGCGCGUCGGGCCCGAGAUGACCAGGCGGCAUCUCUGCGUGCCCGCGCUGCAGAGAUUUUUCUUGGCUUUCGACAAGGCCACGGGCAAGUUGGACAACUGGCCGAAACAGGACGAGUCCACUGCUGAAAAGACGGAAACCGAAGCGCCCGAAGGCAAGGAGGGGUUCCUGGAGAUCUGCCGCGACGGCACCACGGCCGAGUGGACCGUGCGCGACGGGCGGGUGCUGCGCGCCGACCUGCCCGACCUGGCCUGCACGCCGCCCGACCUGGCCGACCGACCGCCCGACGCCCAAGAAGAACUUCUAAUAGUGUUCAAUGAAGAACUAGCGUACCAGGCGUACAGCACGUUCGCACGGUUCAUAGGAGCCGAGACCAUCGAGCGGUGUCUAAAGAACAGCGACACCAUCCGAGCGCUCUGCAGGAAGUACGAGCGGAGUGCUUCGCUCACAGUCAGCUCGCCACUCCGCGGCCGCGUCCAGUGCUCGCUCAGCGACGAGCCCAUCAGCCGCAAGAUUGACAUCCCCCCGCGGCCCGAGAUCGAGCACAUGUCUAGUUCCAAUAGCUUUGGCUCGAAUGUCACUCUAGUAGGCAACAGGAUCGACGUCGCGGCCGUCGAUGACGUCAGAGCGCAGUCGUCGCAGCACGACGUCGUCGCGUACAAGAUGGACAACGGCGUCAAGACUAACAGGCAUCUCCGCGGCGACUGGCUGAUAUACUGGGAGCACGAAAUCGGGCGUCCAGACAAAGAGUCGCGUUUCAACCUGAAGCAAAUAAAGCUGCAGACAUUCGCCGGCCACACGCACUCUGUCAAGUCCAUACACUGUCUGGAUAACGAGCACAGCUUCAUGAGCGGCAGUAAGGAUAAGACUGUGCGGCUGUGGUCUCUCAGGAACCAGGGCGACGGCAACGCGACAAGCCAAUGCAACUGGACGUACACGGGCCACAAGAAGGGCGUGUUAUCCCUCACGUUCCUCGAGUCCCUCCGCCUGGCCGUCUCCACCGACAGCGUCGUGCACAUCUGGGACCCUUUCAUGGAGAACGUCGUGUCCCAGUUGGACAGUAUUAAGUCGCCCGUGAGCAUAGUGCGGACGUUCCCGGGGCCCUCUCCUGUGAUCAUAGCUGCUACUACGGACGCGACGCUCAAGGUCAUCGAUGCUAGAGCUUGUAACUACACCAGCGAGCUGAAGUUACCGGCGACGGCGAGCACGUUCGUGCGCUGCCUGUGCGUGCACGCGUCGUGGGUGGCGUGCGGGCUGGCGUCCGGGCACGUGGUGGUGCUGGACGUGCGCGCCGGCACGCCGCGGGCACACUGGCGCGCGCACGACGGGGAGGUAUUACGACUGGCGGCCGUUGACGGCAACAGACUGCUGACGUCGGGGCUGGACCAAGUCACCGCGCUGUGGAAGGUCGACGACGGAGAGCUCAUCGCGCACCUCAAAGGUACCACGGAACCUGUCCACUGUCUAUCUGUGUUCUACAACGAGCUGAUCUCCGGCACCACCAACAACCGCAUCGGCGUGCACACCUCGCUCGACCAGGACGCCAGCUUCUCCAGCACCAAACUCCGCUCUGACACCUUCCGGGGGGUACUGACAUGUAUGUCAGUACUGCCGUUAAAUAGGCUGCUAUUGCUAGGCAGUGAUAAUGGUACCAUAAGUCUAUUGUGCUGAUACAUCUUUUUGCAACUUUCUUUAGUAUCUAGUUACAUACUGAAUCGUUCAGAGGUGUCACAAGCGAGUUACUCAGGACGCCAGCUUCUCUAGCACCAAACUCCGCUCCGGCACCUUCCGGGGGGUGCUCACUUGUAUGUCUGUCUUACCGCUUAAUAGGCUCCUUCUACUAGGCAGUGAUAAUGGUACCAUAAGUCUUCUUCUUCCUCGCGUUAUCCCGGCAUUUUGCCACGGCUCACAAUAGGAGCCUGGGGUCCGAUUGACAACUAAUCCCAUGAUUUGACGUAGGCACUAGUUUUUACGAAAGCGACUGCCAUCUGACCUUCCAACCCAGAGGGGAAACUAGGUCUUAUUGGGAUUAGUCCGGUUUCCUCACGAUGUUUUCCUUCACCGAAAAGCGACUAGUAAAUAUCAAAAAUGAUAUUUCGUACAUAAGUUCCGAAAAACUCAUUGGUAUGAGCCAGGGUUUGAACCCGCGACCUCCGGAUUGCAAGUCGCACGCUCUUACCGCUAGGCCACCAGCGCUUCCACCGUACCAUACGUACCAUAAGUCUACUGUGCUGAUAUUGUAGGUAACAUAAUAUGCAGUAGUUUCUGAGAUAAAGGGGGGAAGAAUAGUCGGACAGACAGACGCACGAGUGAUCCUAUAAGGGUUCAGUUUUUUUCCUUUUGAGGUACCGAACCCUAAAAUAGGGAAAUUUCGUAUGGAUUGCCUUACGAGGCUAUACAAGGUAAAUUAGUACCUACUGAUGAUUACUGCUUUGAGGCGUCGUCAUAUAUAUAGAAAAAUCUGGUAGGUAUAUAAGACAUUAAAAAAAGUAGAGGAAGACGAUAUAAAAUUAGAUUUAUUUUAACUAAAAAGUUUAGCGAUGUUUAAAUACUCCCGUAUGUUUUAGUGGUUUAAUGCGAUGUGUUUGAAAUAAUGCAGAGCUUUAAUGUAAACUACAGUUGUUAUAUUUAUAUAGAAACGUCGAUGUAAUAACGUUCUACAGUCAAAGUAAAUAUUAAACCUGGAAAUACCUGAUACUAAUUAUAAAAAUAUGCAAAAUAAUGUUAAUCAUGAUUUUCUGUAAACUUGUAAAGGAAAAAAAUGUGCAGUCUUGCGAAAAUAAUUGUAAUUUUUUUUAUCUUUUAAAUGAUCUCAAAAUCUUACAAAAAAAUGAUUUAAAACAUUCCUAUAUACAUCUAGUACACAAGAUAAGUAAAGAAUUAUUUUUAAUUAAGUAUAAGUUGUAGUAUAUAUGUAUAAUGUAAAUGUGUUGUAAACAUAAUAGUUUAAUGGUAUUUCCUUUACCUAACCUAGGUUGGUAUUUGUAUAUCCAAUCAAUACUUAAAUUACUUAAACAACAAAAAUCAUAUGUCAUAAAUUAUUGCAGGUGUCAGCGGCUGUUCACAAUAAUGGUCACUAAUUUACUCGGCCUUUUGUUACUUUGUCCAGUCAGCAGCAGAAGUUGCUAAGCGGGCGAGGUGUUCACAAUUAUCUUGACACGCUCUUAUUCCCUUAACAAUAAAGUCGCGUCCAGAUGAUUUUGAACACCUCGCCCGCUUAGCAACUUCUGCUGCUGACUGUUCAUAGACAAAUAUAGUAAGAAUAGAGUAUACAUCAUUUUUUAUUCCAAAACGACUAUUAUUUUCGCAGGCGACAUCUAGCAUCGAGUAGCUGAAUUAUCAGUACCGUUACUUAAUACUAGAAUUCUCUAGUGUCGCGACUCAUGAAAAUUGUAUUGAACAACAAUUUACAACUAAUAUUAAAAGCAGGAGUUGAAAACAGAGUUGUCGUCAAUCAUCAUAGCUAGGUUUCUUGUA